AUGGGAUUCCAUAGAUGUCCACAGGAAUAUGCUGUGUAUAAACUCCAAAAGUCAAACAGGUCUUUGAUUGCCGUGGUCUAUGUGGACGACCUAAUUGUGACAGGUUCAAGUGAAGAACUAGUUGCUGAAUUUAAGAGAAGGAUGUUGAAGUCUUUUGAUAUGAGUGACUUGGGAACCUUAUCCUACUACCUGGGGAUAGAGGUUUACCAAGACAAGGAUGGCAUUACAAUUGGUCAAGCAGGGUAUGCUGAGAAGAUUUUGCAAAUAGCAGGCAUGGGAGAGUGCAACCCAUCUGAAUAUCCUAUGGAACCUCGACUGGGUUUGACAAAAGAUGAAGAUGGAGUACCAGUCAAUGCUACCGAGUAUGGACGCCUCAUUGGAAGUCUUCGCUAUCUCAUCCACUCAAGACCUGACUUGAGCUACUUAGUAGGAGUAGUGUGUAGAUACGUGGAAUCACCAAAGCAGAGCCACCUCAAAGUAGUCAAACACAUCUUAAGGUACAUAAAGGGGACAACCAACUUUGGUCUAAUGUACAAGAAAGGUGGUGAUAAAAGGCUUAUUGGAUUCAGUGAUAGUAGCCAUGGAAUGGAUAUCGAUGGAAGAAAAGGUACAACAGGAAUGAUUUUUUAUCUGUUAGGUAAUCCAAUCACAUGGUCGUCCCAUAAACAACACACUGUGGCCCUAUCUUCCUGUGAAGCAGAGUUUAUGGCAGCAACUGCAACAGCAUGCCAAACACUGUGGCUAAGGAGUCUCCUCAAAGAAUUGAUUGGUUGGAAGGAAGAAAGUGUCAGGAUGUAUGUAGACAACAAGUCAGCCAUAGCCCUUAUGCAGAACCCUGUUUCCAUGGGAGGAGUAAGCACAUUGACACCAAGUUCCAUUUCAUACGAGGUUGUAUUGAAAGGAAGCAAAUUGAGGUGA